AUGCCUUUGCCUUCCCAGCAUGAAAUUCGCCAAACCGGCAAAAAGAAAGUCAAAGCCAUCUCGCGCGCCCUACAGAAAGCCAAUCGCAGCCCUAGCCAUCCGUCCAUCCGCAAUUUCUCCUACCCCCAACAUGACCAGUCCGAUCGCCUGCUGAGUUCGGAUCCGCGCUCGUCGUUUCGAAGCGAAAUCCGACACGAUUUGCCCCAGGACACCCUCCAGGUUCCCUCCACGCCGGUGCGAAGUAAUGGCUUGACACCGCGCUCAACGUCGGCGCGCAGUGAACGUCAGCCCCUCCGGGCCCCUGGAUCGCGCUUCUCGGGCGUGGUCGGCACGUAUGGCAGUAUUGUCGCCACACCGCCAUCACAGCAGGCUGCUUCGUCGGAUGUGGCCUCGCUGCGGUUGCCGGAUCCAGCAAUCGAUCCUAAGGAGGUUGAGUUCUCGUCGCCAGAAAGAGAGGAUGAUACAGACGACCACCGCCCCGAAAGCCCGUCUCCGAUUUUAUCGCGAUACGAUAGCUUGCGACCAGCUACGCCUGCCAGAUCGCGCCGGAGCCCCUCGACGCCACAACCCGCUGCCGGUGGUAUAAAGGAUUAUAAGAGGAACACGGGUGCAGGCCCGUCGAACCGUAGAGGCUCCCUACUGCAGCGGGUGCUGUCUUACCAGGAUUGGAAUGCCCCCGAGAAGCGCGACACCACUGAUACGUCGACAUCGGAGAUUGCCAAGCGGCAGGAUGAGUUCUUCGCUUUCCUUGAUGGCGAGCUAGCCAAGAUAGAUUCGUUCUAUCAGAUGAAAGAACAAGAAGCGGCGGAGCGUUUGAAGGUGCUCCGAAGCCAGCUGCAUAUCAUGCGGGACCAGCGCACCCAAGAAGUGCUUGGGAAAACGAAAAACGGUGGAAUCAAGAAGGACAACGCGCAGGCAAACGGCUUUGGCGGAUUCGCCAAAAUCAAGGAUGCUUUCCCGGGACGUCAUUUUGGGAAAAAUUCGAAGGCCCUGGCAGAGUUGGCAACCCCGGUCGGACAAGCGCAAGACCUACCGAACACCAUCACGCGGAGAGAUUUCGCACGACGGCCGGAAGAGUCCAACAACGCCGAGGUUCCGUAUCGCUCCGCCAAGAGAAAGCUUAAACAUGCGCUUCAAGAAUUCUAUCGUGGCGUGGAGUUGUUGAAGGCAUACGCCUAUUUGAACCGGACCGCUUUCCGGAAAAUUAACAAGAAAUAUGACAAGGUUGUCAAUGCGCACCCCCCGAUGCGAUACCUCUCUGAGAAGGUCAAUAAGGCGUGGUUCGUUCAGAGUGAGGUUACGGAGCAUUUGUUGUCGGCGGCAGAGGACCUCUACGCACGUUAUUUUGAGCGCGGGAACCGCAAGAUUGCCGCCUCGAAGCUGCGCCAUACAGUCAACAAGGCUGGAGACUACUCGCCGAACACAUUCCGUUCUGGUCUCCUGUUGAUGGCUGGCAUCCUGUUUGCAGCCCAGGCAUUGGUUUAUGCUAGCCGUAACUUGGAUAAUGACGAUUCCGACGUGAAGCUGAAUACAAGCUACUUGCUCCAGUUACCGAGUUUCUUCUUGUUCAUACUAGGUCUCUUCAUGUGGCUGAACUUCAUGAUGAUCAACGACGCAUAUAUCUAUUGGCCUGUCGUUCUGAUAGGUGUGACGGUGAUAGUUCUGUUCUUGCCAGUGCGCACAUUAUACCACCACAGUCGAAAGUGGUGGGCAUAUUCCAAUUGGCGACUUUUGUUGGCUGGUUUAUACCCCGUCGAGUUUCGCGACUUCUUUCUCGGUGAUAUGUACUGCUCGCAGACGUACGCCAUGGGCAAUAUUGAAUUGUUCUUUUGUCUCUAUGCGAAACAUUGGAGUGACCCUCAGCAGUGUAACUCCUCUCACUCCCGCUUGCUGGGGUUCUUCACGUGCCUUCCAGGAAUCUGGAGAGCUCUUCAGUGCUUACGUCGAUAUGCCGACACGAGGAACGCCUUUCCUCACUUGCUCAACUUCGGCAAAUACAUGUUCACUGUCCUCUACUAUUGUACCCUGAGUCUCUACCGUAUCGACAAGGUCUCGAGCUUUGAGGCGCCGUUCAUCACGUUUGCGUUGCUGAAUGCUGUCUACUGCUCCGUCUGGGAUCUCGCCAUGGAUUGGAGUCUCGGAAACCCUCACGCGAAGAACCCAAUGCUUCGCGAGGUGCUCGCCUUCCGGAAGCCGUGGGUGUAUUAUGUUGGCAUGGUCAUCGAUGUCGUGGUCCGCUUCAACUGGAUCUUCUAUGCGAUUUUCCGAAAAGACAUUCAGCAUUCGGCUGUCCUCAGUUUCGCUGUUGCACUUUCAGAGGUAGGCCGCAGAGGGGUGUGGACGAUCUUCCGUGUGGAGAACGAACACUGCACCAACGUUCUUCUCUUCCGAGCAUCCAGGGAUGUUCCCCUCCCAUACGAAGUUCCCAAACCACAGGCUCCGUCGGCUCAGCCAGAGGAGGCUAUGCAGCUUCAAGACCAUCAACCUCUGGCGCCCGUGCCUACCAUUGGCGACGCCGAGCAAGGAACCCCACCCACUCCAGGCUUGUCUGUCCGGAGCCCCCGUGGUCUUGCCCGGGUUGGUACCUUGUUGGCUGCGGCCCACGCCCAAGACUUCCAGCGUAAGAGGCGUCCUGGCGAGUUGCAUAGCGCUUCGAUAACCCGGGAGGGCCUGGAUACGCCGGAAGAUAGUACAGAUGAGGAAGAAGGCUCGCGGCCGUCGUCCGAGGGUGGAAAUGUGAUAGUGGAGGAGUAUCGAGAUGAUGACGACGACCAGGAGUAA